AUGCCGUCCAUCGCCCUCGACAGAUUCACCUCGACUCUACCCGACCUCCUCAAGUGCCCCGCUUGCAAGAAUGCCGCUUAUCCGCCCUACCUCCUAUGCGCUAGCGAACAUGUACGAUGCAGCGCCUGCGCGUUCACCCUCUACGCAACCGACACCUGUCCCGAUCGAGGUUGUGCGGCUGCGCCGUUGAAGCUGAACGUACGGAGAUCUCCCAUGCUGAACCGAGCGUUUGAGGCGUACAAGGUGAAGUGUAGGAAUCCCGGUUGUGCGUGGACCGGACCCGCCCAAAACGACGAAGCGCACGAAGCAGGCUGCGCCUUCCGCCAGUCACCUUGCUCGCAUUGCCGCAGGCUCUACAAGACGACCGAUCUCGAGGCUCAUUACAAGACCUGCCCUGAGGGCGGAAGAACCAUGGCUGGCGGAAGAGGCGUCAUGCCAACGCAUAUCGACGAGGAAUGCGCCCAAUGGACAUGCCGUGCGGUCGAGGGCUGCGAGACGCGCACGACGCGUGCCAACCUUGCGAAGCACGAAGAAGGCUGUUCCACCGAUCACGAGAAUAUCAAGGCGUUUGCCAGGGAGAUCCUGAGACUCAGAAACGCUGUCGACGCCAGCACAGAGCGCUGCAACGCCCUGGAGGAAGAGAAGAGCGACCUGACGGCCAAGCUCGCGGAGGAGGAGAAGCGCCGCGCCAGCAUGGUCACCUCGUCAACAUCGACGGACCCGGUGGAGUCGUCCGCGGCGACAGACAAGCAAUCCGCAUCGAUUAACAAAGGCGUCCUUACGUCGAGCUCCUGCGCCAACGUCGACCCUGCCGGACAGGCGACGAAGCGCUCGUCUCGCAUCGCAGCAAAACGAAGAUCGAGCCAGGCCUUCGCCGACGCCUCCGAUGCACGACCUUCGCCCAGUCGUCGCAAUUCGGUCAAGCCGGAACCUGCGGAUGCAUGA